AUGGAUCGUGAUCGAAUUCUCUCGCAGCGGGAGGUUGAAAGCAUGAUUGCCGAUGGCGAUGCCAUUGUCAUUUUCCAAGACUGUGUCCUACGCCUCAACGGAUGGCUGGACAAGCAUCCUGGAGGCUCCUUGGUGAUUCAGCAUAUGGUGGGCCGAGACGCGACCGACGAAAUUACAGCUUAUCACUCUGCGGCCACGCUCCGAACGAUGGCAGCCUACCGGAUCGGCCGGAAGCCAAUGGGGCCCUGGAUCAGUAAGACUCCUCCCAUCAGGGGAGGCAUCUUCCGCAAAUCGAGCCUCCACACUGAGCCGGAGAUUCCGGACAUCACUGGCAUCCCUGGUCUUAGCCUUGGCCUUGGUCAGAAGGGUCUUCGCAGGCGAAUUGCUUCAUCAUCAGCAUCAUCCGUUAGUGCUGCUGCUCCACCGACCAAAUGUCCUAUCAAGUACACGGAUUGGGCCGUGCAGCAGGGGGUUGAAAAGGGCCUACGUGACUUUCCGUCUGUAGAUCCAAUGGUGCAACAAGGAGUUGUCAACAGAUACCGGGCUUUGCACCAGCAGAUACGCGACGAGGGGCUUUACAACUGCCGAUACGUGGAAUAUGGCAAGGAGAUGCUUCGAUACACGACCCUGUUCAUGUGCUUCCUUUUUGCCUUGCGUCACGGCUGGUAUAUGACCUCGGCUGUCUUUCUUGGAUUGUUCUGGCACCAAAUCAUGUUCACGGCUCAUGAUGCUGGUCAUCUAGCCAUUACCCAGAUCUUUAUGGUUGACACGCUCAUCGGAAUGUUUAUUGCCGACUUUUGUUGUGGUCUAUCAAUUGGCUGGUGGAAGAGCAGUCACAACGUCCACCAUCUUAUAACAAAUCAACCUGAGCAUGAUCCUGAUAUUCAGAAUGUCCCUCUCUUCGCCACGUGCCCUUCCUUCUUUCGGUCACUCCGAUCCACCUACUAUAACUUUGUUUUUGUCUGGGACGCCGUUGCAGACGCUCUCAUCCCCUACCAGAAGUACACGUACUACCCAGUUAUGGGCAUUGCUCGCUUCAACCUCUAUCUUCUCUCAUGGCUGCACCUCCUGUCAGGCAAAUCGUCAUCGCUGGGGUCUACCAAGGCUUGGUGGAUUCGUCCCACGGAAAUCACCUUUUGCGCCGGCUACUGGUUCUUCUUUGGGUACUACUUGCUUUGGCGGUCCUUACCAACAUGGACGAUUCGAGUGGCUUUUGUCCUCGUGUCGCACAUUGUUACCAUGCCCCUGCAUGUCCAAAUAACUCUCUCGCAUUGGGGCAUGUCAACUUCAGACUUGGGUGAGACUGAGUCUUUUGCCCAACGACAAUUACGAACAACCAUGGAUGUAGAUUGCCCUGCUUGGCUUGACUUUAUUCACGGCGGACUUCAGUUCCAGGCCGUCCACCACUUAUUUCCAAGGAUGCCGCGACAUAAUCUCCGCCGAGCGCAGACUCUAGUAAAGGAGUUUUGUACAGACACGGGCAUUCCGUAUUCCAUUUUGGGUUUUGUUGAUGGCAAUCGCACAGUUCUUGGCCGGCUAGACGAAGUGAGCGAGCAGCUCAAUAUGAUGUUAAGCUGUCAAAAGUACAUGGCUGAGACGGGAGAGAGUGGAUUACAUUGA